UAUUGCGUAAAAAAGGAUUUAACGCAUAUUUAGUUUCGAUUUUCAUUGAUACUUUACAUCGUUCUGAUAUUUAUCGAAACUCUGUAAUCAACAUGCUUACAGAUUUUCUUGAAACGACCACAAACGCAGAGGAAUUAAAUCCUGUAAUUUUAAUUAAGCUAUGCAAUCCAAAAUAUCAAUUUAUUGAUUAUGCUUGGAAUGAAAAAUUAACUCGGAUGCUUAUGAUACAGCAAAAUAUAAAUAAUGGAAUGUCGUGGUUGUCAACGUUAGGAGGAGCUUUUUCAUCGUUAGGAGAUGAAUUUGAUAAUUGCGUAAGCUUCUUGUAA